UUGAAUCCGCAAAAUAACGUUGUUGAUGAUGAGCCUAUUUAUUAUGUUCUUGACUUGUUCGAUGAUGAAACACCAACAAACAUUUUCUCAGAUGAACAAUGGAGAUCUUUAAUUGAUUUCUUCGAGAAAAAGAAAAAUGAUUUGAGAUUGAAAUUCUGUCAAAUUUUGACAAAAAUGUGUCAAAAAGACCUCAAAUCGAACUUUUCUCAAAUAAUUAAGUCUCUUGCAAGUAUUUUAAGAGAUGAACCAUUGAUGAUUUCCAUUGCUUUGUUGGAGAAUGACAUGCCGACAAUAAGAGAUGUCGUGAAAAGUUCGAAUUCAAACAGAGAUGUUAUUUUCACUUUGUUGAAGGACUCUAAUGAAGCAAAGAGAGAACUUAUCAGGUGCUUGCAAGCAGCCAAGCAUGAACUUCCAAUUGAAAAUGAAUUCUGGGAAGACGUCAUCAGAAUAGCUUCGAAAGAUGACGCAAUUUCAGUCUGCAAAGAAAUUUCGUCAUUGAUGAAUUUCGGUGUUGAGAGCGCAGACAUGUGGGAAACACUUCUUUCUAUUAAGAAAUUGAAGGAAAUGACAGGAGAUGAUAUGAUGCAGCUGUUUAAGGCAGCAGGAAAUGAAUUGUUUAAGGAGAAAAACCCUUUAGUUGAAAAAUUAUUUUUGUAA